CAUUACUCUAGUGGAGUUAGAAGGCAGCUUCAACCCAACAGUCUGGGAACUGAUUGCUGACCUGACUUUAACUUUGUCAAUCCACUAUUCAAUCUUCAUCAUCCACUCUCAUCUCUAACUUCUUUCCCCCCUACAUAUUUGUUUCCUAGGUCAUAACUAGAUCUUCACGACACGAGCGACAAAUAAUAGUCUUAGCAAACCUAGGUACCUAGCGACAUUACAUCGGGCGCUUCCGUACAUCAUUCAAGAUGGCGUCCUCAUCGACACCCCAAACUCCACUACUCUACUCAUGCAUCGCGCAACACUCCACCAUCCUCUCCGAAUGCACGACCUCCGCAUCGUCGCAAACCUCAUCCCUCGCCUCCCUAAUCCUGCCUAAAAUCAACCACAACACGCCGCAGAAGCUGACAUACACGCACGGCUCGCACCACAUCCACUACAUAUCCGAAGCACCCUCCGCAUACCCGAAUAACCCAUCUGCCGGCGGCUUGACCUUCCUAGUCGUAGCCGAAUCCUCACUAGGCCGUCGCGUACCCUUCGGAUUCCUGUUCGAGAUCCGGAAGCGUUUCUUCGAUGAGUUCCCCGCCGAAUCCAGCGAUUUCGCCGACAUGCCGAACUACGGCGCCGGAUCGUUCAACGCGGCGCUGAAGAACCUGAUGGUUGAAUUCGGUACUACUAGUGGUCAACACGAUGAUGCGAUCGCUAAAGCCCAGCGCGAAAUCGAUGAGACCCGUGGCAUUAUGACGCGCAAUAUCGAGGGCUUGCUGGAGCGCGGUGAGCGCAUUGAUUUGCUCGUUGAUAAGACGGAUCGUCUAGGCGGAAGCGCGCGAGAGUUUCGUGUGCGCAGUCGUGGGAUUAAGAGGCAGAUGUGGUGGAAGAACGUCAAGCUUAUGUCUCUACUCGUCCUGGUCUUCGUUUUGAUUAUUGUGGCAAUUGUCAUCGCAGUCCGCAACGCUACGGGUUAGGCUCACCAUACGAUGAGGGGGCUGUUCCGUUCUCUGAACGAUAGCUCGGGUGUAAGAGGAUGCGUGUAUUGCAGAAAAGGGAGCAGAAAGUCUUUUCGAAGUGGAGUUGUAUUUUUAUCGGCGUUCUCUAUCAGGUUUGGCUAAGUUUUGGGAAAAUCUACUCUCAGCCGAUACACAGGCAAAUGAGAUAAGGGGGAAGGACAGCAAUUCGCAUCACCUAUUCCCUUUGUUGGCGUCGAUACCCGAGCCCUGUAGGGUUGAUUCGAGUGUAUUCUGCUCGUGUCUUAUGUACAUACAGUAUUUGUACUCCUAUGGUUAUUUGAAUCUACCAGUCCUUUGCUCUGCGACUAUGAUGAGGUGUCCCUUGAACCUAUUCCCCUUGACUAUAUCCAACAUACUAUAUAAAAACAAAUACUCGCUCGUAGGCUGACCAUGAUGAGUGUCUUCAUGUGCCUAA